AUGUCCUUACUUAAUGAGUUAGAGAGCCUUAGGAUACCCUUUGCUGAUAUUAAAGAAGCCACUAAAAACUUCACUACAGUUAUUGGAAAGGGUGGAUAUGGCUUGGUUUACAGAGGAGAACUCUUGCUUUCUGGUAAACUUAACACUGUUGCCAUUAAGCGCUUAGAUAAUACCGUUUCCGGUCAAGGGUUUAAGGAGUUUUUAACAGAGAUUUACAUGCUCACUCGUUAUAAACACCCAAACCUCAUCCCCCUCAUCGGUUUUUGCGACCAAGACAAUGAGAAAAUCCUCAUUUAUGAGCACGCCGAACGUGGAAGUCUGGACAAGUACUUAAGUGCUGCUGAAAAAAGAUCUAAACUGACAUGGGGGCAACGGAUCAAUAUAUGCGUCAACACAGCUCGUGGUGUCAAUUAUCUUCAUAACGGAGUUGCAACAAAUGAAAGAGUUAUCCACAGAGAUAUUAAAAGUGCAAAUGUUUUGUUGGAUCGAAAUUGGAAAGCAAUGAUUUCAGAUCUUGGGCUAUCAAAAUUAGGCCGUGCUAAUGAGAAAGACACAUUUCUCAUUACUAAUGCUUCUGGAACACAUGGUUAUUGUGAUCCGGUAUAUAUUAGUUCAGGGAUCCUUACAAAAGAAUCAGAUGUCUAUUCCUUUGGUGUCGUUAUGUUUGAAAUACUAUGUGGGAGGCUGUGCUUUUUAAAUGUACACAAUGAACACCGGUUUCUACCUCCAUUGGCCCAACGCUACUGCAAGAUAGGGAAAAUAGAUGAGAUUAUUGAUCCCGCAUUGAAAAACCAGAUUGACUCAGAUUCUUUAAUUAAGUUCUCAAAGAUUGCAUCUCAAUGCUUGCAUAAUAAUCGCAAACGAAGGCCCUCGAUGCGUACGGUGGUGAAGAAACUUGAGGAACUUGAAAAAGCAUUAGAAUUCCAACAACGACAAGACACAGACCAGUUAUUAGGUAAAACACAAACAGUAAUGGGCGGAGCAGUGCCAACAGGAGGUGAGCCUCCAAACAGGGCAAAACAGUUUAAGCGUAGUUUAGAUGACAUGCAGAACAACUUCAUUUCAACAAUGGUGAAGACUACAAAGAGAGUGCAUGACAUUCACAUUUCAGAUUCUAUGCAGCGAGAGUCCUUGUUUGAAGCAGAUAAAGUAGAACCUGAUCAACCUAAAUCAGAACACCUGUUUAAUUGGGAGAUAGCUAAAUUUACUGAUAACGGUGGUUUGGUAGAUGUUGAAGGGGUUGAAAAGUUAAUACAGGUCAUGAAACUUGAAAGUUGUAAAGAAAACGUGCAUAUAGCUCGCCGAGUUAUGCUUGCUGAUGUUAUUUCAGUUACUGGUAACAAAAACUGUCUCAUUCAGUUUGUAGAGAGCAGGGGUGUACAUGUUUUAGAUGAGUGGCUUCAGGAGGUCAAUACGGGAAAGAUUGGUGAUGGUACUAGUAUCAAAUGGAGUAACAAUUCCAUUGAGGAAUUUCUUUUUGCUUUACUUCAUGCACUCGAUGUAUUGCCUGUGAAUCUUCAUGCUCUACAGAUGUCUAAUGUGGGGAAAAAUGUGAAUCAUUUACGCAGUCACCAAAAUUCAGACAUUCAAAAGAAAUCUAGGAGCCUUGUAGACAAGUGGAAGAUGAUGGUAUUAGAACUGAAAUAUAAACGAAAAUUGCAAUGCAGAAUAAUAUGAAUGCUAAGAACUCCUGUGUUUAUUCAAUACUGUUUUGGUGCAUGCAAUACAUGAUUACAUAGCCACCUAUUUAUAGAUAAAACACAACAGUAGGAUUCAACUAAAAAUAUGCAACUGCCCUAUAGACUACGUAUCUUCCGGCAGACUAGACAUUAGAAGCCUUAUUAAAAUGAUGUGUAGAAUCUGAAAUGAGCAUCAGUACAACACAAUCUGGCACCACUUGAAGUCUCUCCAAGUAGUUGACAAGUAACUGGAUCAUCUAAUGUUGACGCCUUCAUGUCUACUUCACCUCCUUCUGCAUUUGAGACGUCAACAGGGCAAACCAAAAUAUGGUGAAGGCCAUUUCAACUUAUCAGUAACUGAAAUGAAGAACGCGUUGGAUAGUAAUCAGAGAAACAGUGUUUAGCU